UGUUUUGAAAGAUUGAUCUCGUCUAUGUACAGACCGUACAGACCUACAGACCUACAGACUGUCCUCAAUUCGGCCUUCCACCGGAGUUAAUGGCCGUAGCUGCAUAUGAACUCCUCCCCUCCUCACUGCACCUCGGUGUCCCGAGCGUUCGUUCGCGGUUCUUCACCGCCGCGGCCACCCCCGGGUGCUGCACGUUGGGGCAACUUCAACAACUACUAUCGAUUUCACGACACGCUUAGUCGGGUCCAGCUCUUGCCCGCCGCUGAUUGGUUCCGGACCCAUCUCCAGGACUCCCACCCGUCCCCCAUUGCUUCCCGACCUUCCGCGCCAACUCGGCUUGUAGCCUUGGAUAUUGGCUGCAAUUCCGGCGACCUAACUCAACAUAUUGCCCGACACUUUGUAUCCGAAGAUAUUCCCCUGGACAUUCUGGGCAUUGAUAUUGAUGCUCACCUAAUCCAGCGAGCUCAAGAUCAAGUUGCCCAGCCAAAUGUGCGGUUCGAGUGUUUGGACUUUAUGAGCUCUGAGAGCUCCAGUCGGAUUCAGCCAUACCUAACCGAACGAGGCCGAUCUCGGUUCGACGUCAUUUUCGCAUUUUCCGUGUCCAUGUGGAUCCAUCUGAAUCACGGUGAUGCAGGACUGUCCACGUUUCUAGGGCGCAUGGCUGCUAUGUCUCGUUAUAUCGUAUUAGAACCACAACCGUGGCGUUGUUAUCAGACUGCGGCUAGAAGAAUGCGCAAACUCAAGGAGCCAGAGUUUGAGCAUAUGAAGCAUUUGAGUUGUCAGGACGAGCUGUCCCUCACAAAAUUACUCGAUGAGUUAUACGCUCGACACAACUUGAAGUUGAUACAAGACUUGGGGACCAACGAUUGGAAUCGAC